CACAGAGAUGGCAAAAUGCAUAGUUGAAAAGUGUCCAAUGUUACUUAGCAUUGGAAACGGAAACAAAUUUGACAAACUCAUUCCAGUCGUGAUGGCUCUUACGCGUAACUCCAAUUCAAUAGCUACGGCUCAAUAUCUCUAUUCUGUAACUCCUCCAGGAAGUCUAAGUCCUGGAAAGGGCAGUAUAAAUGGUGCUACGUUUGUUACUCGAUGCAUUUAUUCAAAAGAAUUUGAUAUGGCUUUGGAUGUGCUGGAAAAAUUCCCUACUUUGGUGACUGCUUUAGAUAUCGAGGAGGAGUCCCCUGUGCUGGCAUUAGCUAUCAUGUCUUUUCCAUAUACGAGUGAAAAUCAGCUCAUAUCUUGGAAACGAUGGAUCUAUAACUGAAUCAGACAAACAUAUGAUUAUGAAUCGAAGCACCAAUACAAAAAACUUCUACUUCGCAUGUGCCAAGAGUUACAGUGUUCAAGUGAUAAACAACUAGAAAAGGGUCUUGUUUACGAGGCCAUCAUCAAAGCAACCAAGAAAGGGAUGGUUGAGUUUGUUACUGCUAUUUGGAGCGCAUGUCCUGAACUUGUGUGGGCUGAGGAAGAGUUCACAGGGAGAAACCCAUUUAUGUGCGCCGUUCUAUACCGUCAGUAUGAAAUAUUUCGUCUUCUGUACUGUUUUAGUUUGAAGGACUCAAUAUUAGCGGCAACAGAUGACGAAGGAAAUAACAUAUUACACAUGGCGGCGAUGAC